CGCACAUGCGCGCCCGAUGCCCACGUUACGUCACACGGUUAUGUAAUACGGCUCUGGCGUGGGGAGCAGCGUCGCGCGCCUCGGAUGGUGGAGCAGAUGCUCACGGCGUCCAUCAGGUCACCAUGUCUCCGCUCCGCCGCGCCGCUCCAGAAAGCGAAACAUCUGUUGUCACCAAUGAGACCAAGAAAAACACCUUACUAGUUCUGAACGGACUGGAGUCCAUCGCCCCUCUGAUCCAGAGCACCAAGGAGACCCUCGAGCCCGUCACUGCUGAGAUCCAGGGAAGCAUCCCAGCCUGGAUCCACGGCAGCCUUCUUCGCAACGGCCCUGGGAAGUUUGAGUUCGGAAACACACACUUCAACCACUGGUUCGACGGGAUGGCGAUGCUGCACCGCUUCAGGAUCGAAAACGGUCAGGUGACCUACACCAGCCGGUUCCUCAACAGCGACGCCUAUAAGAAGAACAGUGAGAAGGACCGUAUCAUAAUGUCAGAGUUCGGCACGGUGGCCAUGCCGGACCCGUGCAAGAACAUCUUUGAGAGGUUCCUGUCACGCUUCGAACCGCUGAAGCCCACGGACAACGCCUCAGUCUCUUUCGUCAAGUACAAGGGCGACUACUUCGUCACCACUGAGACCAACUUCAUUCACAAAAUUGACCCGGAGACCCUGGAGACCCUGGAGAAGGUGGACUGGAGCAAGUUCAUCGCCGUGAACGGAGCCACAGCCCACCCGCACUACGACCCGGAUGGUACCACCUACAACAUGGGGAACUCGUAUGGGAGGAAAGGUCCGUCUGAAGACGUUUUACUUCCUCCCCUGAGAGUUAACAUGCGAGUGCAUCUGUCUGCUUCAGGAGCCUUGUACAAUAUCAUCUGUGUCCCUUCGGAGAAGAGCGACGACAAAGACACUCUACAAGGAGCCAAAGUUCUAUGUUCCAUCGUGCCCGCGGACAAGUCCCACCCGUCCUACUACCACAGCUUCGCCAUGUCGGAGAACUAUGUGGUCUUCGUGGAGCAGCCGAUAAAGUUAGACCUGCUCAAGAUCGUCACCGGGAAGAUAAGAGGCAAAGCCAUCAGCGACAGCAUCUACUGGGACCCGAAGCAGGACACGGUGUUCCACGUCGUAGACAAGCGUACGGGUCAGCUCAGCGCAGUGAAGUACCACGCCAACCCCAUGACGGCCUUACAUCAGAUCAACGCCUUUGAAGAGGACGGCUUUUUGAUGCUGGAUAUGUGUUGCUAUGACGACGGAGAAACCAUCAAAAACUACAACCUACAGAACCUGCGGAAGUCGGGGGAGGCCCUGGACGCGGUGUACAACUCCAUGCACCAGAUUUUCCCACGCCGCUUCGUUCUGCCUCUCAGAGUCACUAGUGAGACACCGACGGGUCAGAACCUGAACACUCGACCCCAAAGUACAGCGACCUGUGUCCUCACUGGCAAAGAUCAGGUGUACUGCCAACACGAGGAUCUCCAUGGCGACGACCUUUUGGAGUACGGCGGCCUGGAGUUCCCUCAGAUCAACUACCAACGGUGCAACACGCGACCUUACCGCUACUUCUAUGGCUGCGGGUUCAGACACCUGGUGGGGGAUUCUCUGCUCAAGAUGGACCUGCGGGACAAGUCCCUGAAGGUGUGGCACCAGGACGGCUUCUACCCUUCCGAACCCGUGUUUGUGCCGUCACCCGACGCUGUCGAGGAAGACGAAGGAGUCAUCCUCGCUGUGGUUCUGUCCCCCACACAGGAAAAAGCUAACUUCCUCCUGGUUCUGGACGCCGUGACCUUUGAGGAGUUGGGUCGAGCCAGCGUGCCGGUGCACAUGCCCUACGGCUUCCAUGGAACCUUCAACUCCUCUGUCUGAAAAAACACAACCAACUAUACUCUUAUUGAAUGUGACGUAUACUAACCACAGCAUGGUAGUGUAAUCGCAAAGUAUUAGUGGCAAACGCUCCGAGACAGCAGGGGGCAGCAACGAGUUACAACAGUUGGUGACUAACAUCAGGUCCAAAAAAUUCAACUGUGCCUUUGGGUUCAACCUUAACCUGACUAAAAAGUGUUUGAGUACUGUGUUGAAUUUCAGUUAAAUAAGCGUUAGCAUGUUAGUAUUUAGCUUCAUUGUAUUAGCUUCUGAAGGUACACCGCUUGCCUCGAACGUGAGGUUCUGAACAUGGUUUCAUGUCAAGUUUAAGCCCAUGUUUGUGGCCAAAAAAAACCCUCACUGCCUUUUUUUAUUUUAGCUGAUCUUUUACUUCACUUUGUGUUUUGCCUUACUGAGCAUGGAUUAUGGUACUAAACAAUGUAAAGGGUGUAACUAACAGUUAGCAUUCAUUAGCAAGGUAAACUUACUUCUUGAGCACCAGGUAGAAUCCACCAACGAUGGCCCGUCGUAUCAGCAUCUCAAGUCUACAAAACAUGUCCAUCGCUGAAAAGACAGUACUAGAAACACGGUAGAUGUAAAGCUGAACUUUUGAGGUUUUAGAUGCAGCUGUAAAACACAACACUUUAUCAUCAAUUUAUGAGACAAAACCAGGGGUUUAGUGUCUGGGAAGGAGAAGAAACGCCAUUAAAAUGUGUGUCCAGGUGGUUUCUGCCUUAAAAUACAUUUCAUGUUCGGUCCAAUGAGAAACACGUGGUCUUUAGUGCCAUCUGGUGGCGAGUUCUCUUGAGCUCCUCUGUAACAUGAAACGAGGCCUUGUCGAGGGAUCUAACGUGGAAUUUACAGUGACAAAGAAGACGCUUAAGACCCUCAGGACUAGUCACUAGUAACCACCCCGGUGCCUUGUUGGUCCUUCACGCAUCAGAACUCAAAAGAGCAGCCGAGACUGAAGACAGCUGAAUCAUGAAAUCUGUUUAGAGUUGGUUUGACUGAUGGUGAAGUUGCUAACUGUGUCACUGUGGAGAGUUUUUUCUCUGAACUGUGGGCCAUGUGACAAUGAAGUUUGUAAUUUUCUACAAUAAACACAGCAACAAUC